AAGUAAAGUUCUACGUAUACAAACAUGAAACAACAGUAAUCGUGACCACGACCACCGAAUGCCAGAAACGAUAAAUGUAGAAGUUAGCUACAUAUAACUUGAGAAAUUUCCAGUGCAAAGUGAAACAACUGUUUUCAAGAUGGAUCCACUUGGUGACCCUAUUGAAGAAGACAUUGCAUUUGACCUGGAAGAUAUCUGGACACAAAUAGAUGACAAUGACUUACAACAUCCAUUGACACUCCCUCCCCUUGUGUGGGAUUUCCCGAAUCAGCUCCAAACUCUCAAAGAUCAUCGUUGGACAUUUAAACGUCAAACGGGCACUCAGGAUCUACUUGUAUGGGACUUUGAACGUCAGAUCAAGGAGCCUAACACAAUAUGGACAUUCAAAAAACAAUGUCCAAGGGUUUCUACAGUAAACUGGUCAUUUGAUCAAUUACUUCCAAGGCAAACAACAAUAUUAUGGAGUUUUAAUCGCCAAACACAAAUGGAAUCAACAAUUCAUUGGAAUUUUUUACAUCAAAACCCGAACAAAAGCACAAUUAUCUGGAAGUUCACACCUCAGUUGAAUUCAAUACCAUUGAUCAAUUUCAACUUCCCGAAACAACUCUCAACGGUAUCAACAUUGACGUGGGAUUUUCCAAAACAAUUCAUACCAUCAGAUAUACAUUGGCAUUUUAAGAAGCAGACACCUUCAAAUGCAACGAGUGUUAUUAAUUGGAAAUUCACUCGACAAAUGGCUCAAACUGGUAACAUAAACUGGGACUUUAAUAAAGCAUUGCAAAUCCGCGAUCGGGUUAAUUGGAAUUUCCCGCAUGUUACCCCUGAGUUGUCAAACAUCAAAUGGAAUUUUGUGAAGGUAACACCAACGAAAGCUUCGGUAAAAUGGGGUUUCAAGCCGAUGUUAACUAAAAAUGGUAUUAACGAUAUCAAAUGGAAUUUCCAGAAAAGUCUACAAACAGCUCAGCAAACGAUGACUUGGAAUUUCCAAAGUAACAUUGCAACGAUAAAACCUGUCAAUUGGCAAUUCAAAAAAUGUUGCGAUUAUAAGGAUAAAUCAAUUGAUGAAAUAAAAAAUGACAAUGUAAACUUCAAGAAGAACUAUAUCAACAAUUACCAUAAACCUCAUCAUGAAUAUAGAAGUCAUCAUUAACCGGCAUAAACAUUGGCAUUUAUAUGCCAGUUAAUGCCUGAUAUUGCCAAAUUUUGCUCACCCUGUAGAACAAUCAUUAAGAGAAAAAUUUGGGGAGAAAGUUGCAUAUAAUACCUGGAUGCUAAUUGUAUAAGAAUAGAAAACCACAUGUUUAAAUUCUAUUGAGAAAAUGAAAUAGGUAUGUAAAAAUCUCUCCAGAUGUUGACCUUGACAUACUUAGAAGAGAAAAACUAAAAAAAACAAGGAAAAGCAAGAAAUAAAUCUAUCAGAUACAAAUGAAAAUGAGGUUAUUUGACCAAGACAAUUUACCAAAAUUGUAUAACUCUUUGGACUGGUAAAUAUUUUUUGUUCUUCAAAUUGUGUGAUACAAUAUUUCCCCAGCUGUUGCAUGGUGAACGUACUUGAAACCUGGCCAGAAAAGUUCAACUCCAUUCA